AUGGAGUCCGACGACGAUUCCGGGACCCUGGGAUCCCUCAACAAGUAUCUCAGAAUGAUAAAAGGUCGAGACAGUCCCCACAGCGCAGUCGACGACGGGACUUCGCCUCAAUCACGCACCUCCACCAACCUAUCCUCAGCAAGCAAACCGACCAGCACCAAGGACUGCCAGCUGCCGACACGUUCGCACCGCAGCUCCAUCUCUUCGACCGUAUCUUCCACCAUCACCGACCUGAGCGACGGCCGGCCAGGCCUGCGGGGCCGCAACUCGGCCAUUGCGUCGUCGUCGUCCUUCUCCUCGUCGACGAGUCUCGAGUCGAACCGCACCACUUCGCUCACCGAGCGUCAGCGCGACCCGCUGCUGAGGGAGUUCCCAAAACCGCCGGAACAGGUCGACAUUGAAGAGAUGCUCACCAGACCGCCGGGUAAGUGGUCGCUCGGCCACUACUUCAACAAGUCUAGGCACGCCGCCAAGGAAACGACGCUGAAGCCGACAGUAGAGGAUCGAAAGGGCGAGUUGGAAGAAGCAAAGAAACAGCUCAUUGCGGCGAGGAACGAGAUUCGGCACCUCGGCACAAGACGUCCCUGA